UUAAGCAAGUUAGAAAUUGCCGAUGAGACCUUUUUAAGCCCUGAAACCAGGAGCACAACGUCUACUCAAAGCGAUGAAAUUGUUCCCUCUCAAGCAACAGCCGCAGAAAUGCAGCGUAGCCUUCUGAAUGAGUUCUUGGUGGCUUGGAAUAUACUGCCGCUUCAAAGAAAAUGGUUGGACUUUAGCAGUUGCAGUGAAUCCUCUAAACAAAGGUAUACAAGAAGAUCAAGCGACAUCGUAGCUGCAGUGCUAAAAACAAUUUCUCCCGAAGAUGCUUGCCUUAUUUGGAGAGCCAUGACAUCAACAGCUUCCAUGAACAAGUUGCUUGGUAUUGAAGAUAUCUCACAAGCAGAUCAGCGUUAUCUAGAAUCCCUAACAGAAGCGUAUAAUAACGCCGAUAGCUGGGAUACCCGCCGACAAAUCCUUUCUGUAAUGACUGGUGUUGCUGGUUUUAAAAUUUUAGCCACCUUCAUUCCAGGGCUAACAAGGUACUACCCUGCGAGCAGAGGCUACAUUUUCGCGGUAUGAGCUGGCGUGCGAAAAGUAGCCUCUGCCGACAAGCGUUCAAAUCCGUCCAGAAAUCUGGACGAAUAAAUUUAAAAAAAGGGCUUUUUCUUGUUCUUGACCGGUUUAUAGCAUCGCGUGAGUCUUGCGUCAGCGAAUGAACGCUGACCAUUAUUGCGCCUUCAUGCAUCCCUUCGCGCCAAAUUCUCGCAUACGAACGCGGAUCAACGCAGCUCAAACGUAGCAACAGGAAAAGUUCAAAACAACUUCAAAAAUCCCUGUUUGUGUAUUUAAAAGAGCGUCGUCAACAACUUAAAUAAGCUCUGUAUUCUAAAGCUGUCGGAAUACCAAAACAAGCUGCUGCCGGUGCUUCUUACGGGACCAUGUAAAGAUCGUUAAUUUAUCAUAUGGUAGUUCUUGUUUGCCAGGAAAAGAAAAUGGAUACUGCGGUGAUUUUUGUUGUGUCGCCUCCCAAUGCGAGGCUAAAUGCACUGUUUUAAGACACAGAUGGAAACCGGAAUGUUCAAACGAAUCAUCGAUCAAUUUUCUUUUGUGGAAAAAGCAGAAAAAACGCGUUUAGCUGAACACUGAUUCGCCCUCAAGGACUUCAACCUGGUUGGCUUCUUCACGAAAGAAAACUAAGCGGCAAAGUUUUUGAAGAAUUUUCAGGUACAACUUGCACAUUAGUGGUCAACGAAGUUCCGUUUUUAAAUGGAAAUUUAAGUAUUUAUAGUUCUUUCAAAGAUGUUUUAUUCGACUUAAGACGGAUUUUGCCUUUGACAUUUAAUGUCUUCGGCAGCUUUUACUUGUGUGAAAUGAUCCACGAUCCAGCUAGUAUUACGCGAAUUGCUUUUAAGGAUAAAAUUAUGGGCUUUCGAAUAAAACUUUUCGAUAAAUAAUUUUACUGACUACCGUUUUGUCUAUGUUCAUUCAUAACAUUAGUUUAAAACACAAUCGUGAGACUACAGCAUCCAAUUUAUUUCAAGCAUCACUUCGCGUAGCGUUGUCGGCGAAUAUCUUUCACGCCGGAAAAAUGUGCUCCCCGCAAAACAGACAGAACUUACUACAGUUGAUAGCAUAAAAAUACUUUCCUAAAAAAGACGAUCCGUGGAAAUUUUGGGGCUAAAUUACUUAAAACCAGAGGGGGCGAAACAGAAAAACAAAACAAAAGCUCGAGGAGAGAAGUUCGCAGGUAGUUUACGCAAGUUUGAUUCCCGCGAAACUCACGCAGAUUUGACGAACCAGUUGCUUGCUAAUCGCGUGACGAAUUUUGCGCAUGCACGAUAGAAAACUGAACGGUUGUCGGCAGAGGCUACUUUUCGCACGCCAGCUCAUACCGCGAAAAUGUAGCCUCUGCUCGCAUUGUAACAAGGUACCGGUACUCUAUGGCAAAUCUGCACCGCCUUCAGUUUGGUCGAGGCGCACCUGUACCUCCUCGGGUGUCAACAAGAAUAAAAGUAGAUCUAAAACAGUUAGAUCAUUUUCUGUGCUUUAUCACAAGCCCACACUUAGUACAAGAUCUUCCGUUCGGACAGAAACAGUUGACUCUUUCGACGGGUGAAGUCAUUAAAGUCCCCAACGUGAUAAGAACCAUGAUACCUCAACGAAUCGUGCGUCAAUAUACUCAGUACUGUGAAGAGACUGGCUUUAAGCCUUUUAGUCAAAGCACGAUGUUGCGCAUUUUGUCUCAAUGCAGUGCGUCAGUAAGAAAGUCUCUUCAGGGACUCGAUUACUAUGCCGCGGAUGGUACACGAGUAUUUCAUGACCUGAUAUCACUGGUGCGUAAAAAAAAUGAAGUGGAAAGUGACAUGGAUUGGGAAAGACGAAUGAUCGUGUCGCUCAAAGCUGCUAAGCUUUAUCUAAAAGGAGACUACAAGGUAUGUUUUAAGCAAACAGAAAAAUUUGAUGGUUAAUGCAUUAAUAAAUUUGGGGUAUUGAUAAGUAUAGGUACAUUUCACCUCAGUUCCCGCCUAAUCGUUAGUACCUAUAAGAUACUAGAAGACAUCACUGUUUACAAACAUUGUAAUUUGUAACGAGUGAAACAAAAUAGUCUUUUGUUACAAGAACCAAAGUGCUUCUAUCCUGGGAGAGACUUUUCUUGCCUGGUUUCCGGUUUCUGUAAAGCCUUAACAGUGAGCCGCAUUUUUCUCAAGACUUCGGCCGUCGGCCGACGCCGAGGAUUCCAGCAGGCCCUCCGCGCGCGGAAAAAAACCCUGGUACCCAGGGUAAUGCACUUCUCGUUGGCACAUUAAUUAUAUCAAUAGGUGAGGUAAGCUUGAGUAUCGCUAUAUCCUCAUCCCAUGUGGGAAAACGUUUGUGUGAAAAGCGUAUAACUUGGGUAGCAAGCACAUCCAGGCGCAAAAAAUAUGAACUGAACCGCUGUUGUGGAGUGUAGGUGAUCGCCCGAAAUAAGUUGAUUAAAUGAGGCUUAUUGCUUUUGCAAUGAAUUGAUUUGUUUGCAGGUGCAUUUGGAGAAGGAAGCUAGCAUACCAGAUCACUGUGUAGCGUUUUCAUUGAGCGAUGCUAGCGAUCCAGACUACCAGGUGCAGUGCCAACACAAUCACGAAGAUAUCUGUGAGCAGUGUGAAGCGCUAAACGAAACUUUAAGGGAAAUUGACAGUCGCAUUAACUGUUGCCAUUUUUCGUCUGAUGACGAGCGUGAAGAAGCGAUUUACAUUACGCAGUCAUCGAAGCUUGCCAUCCGUUCAUGGCAGUGCCACAUAUUACGAUCAUUUAACCAAGACCAAGCGCGACUGGACUUUCUUGACCUUCUUGACAAUGACACAGUUCUCAUUGUCAACGACUGGGCAAUGAAGUUUCUACCACAGAGGUACCGAGAAUCGCAGUCUGACUGGUUUGGAAAGCGUGGCAUAUCUUGGCACAUUUCCGUGGUCUGUAGAAGAUCUGACAGUCAGUUACAGUGGCAAGGAUAUGUUCACAUCAUCCAGUCAUGCAGUCAGGACAGUACCUCUGUGAUAUCAAUCAUGCAGGAUGUGCUUCGCUCUGUCAAAUCCGAGUAUCCAAACGUAACGAAGGCCUAUUUUCGGCAGGACAACGCUGGAUGCUAUCAUUCGUCCGCAACGAUCCUUGCGUGCCCUGUGGUUUCGAGUUCUACAGGAGUCCAGAUCAGACGCAUUGAUUGCAGUGAUCCACAAGGCGGUAAGGGAGCUGCAGAUCGCCUUGCGGCCACAUGUAAGGCUCACGUGCGCAUUUUCAUCAAUGAAGGCCAUGAUGUCACGAAUGCCACUCAAUUAAAAGACGCUCUUGUCUCACAUGAAGGAAUUGAUGGCGUCCGCGUAGCGUGUCUGAAUGAAAUCACAACGGCAUCACCAAUCAGCGAACCAGCGAAGAUCCACAAUGUCAGUAAACUCAACAACUUUGAGUUUACAGAAGGUGGUAUCAAAGCAUGGAGGGCAUAUGACAUUGGCAGAGGAAAAGAAAUCAAAGCCGAUACCUCGACAACAGGUAACGCACAGUCUUGAAGUUUUUGUUGUUUGUAUUUGGGACCCUCGACUUUUUUAAAUUUUCAUUAAAAAAAACUUAAGGAUAGCUAAAAAACCCCUACGUAACCGGGAAGAUCAACUCAAAAGCAAUAAGAGCAAUGGAAAAAAUAAUACCAAUAUAGCAAUACAUACAAAGCUCCUAAAACUGAAACACAAUAAAAUAAUAUCUAUCUCUACACUGAAUUUAUUCGUUUACCCAGUGUCGUUUUGACACUUAUAAAUUUCCCUAUUUACAGAAUCCGAAAACAGGUGGCUAGAAUCUACAUUUUCUCCGGGGAAAUUCAAGUCUUUCGGCCAUAAAGAGAAAAAGCAUGUUGACGACGACGAGUCUCCCAAAACAAGAGAGAGUUCCAGUGACGUACAGGAGAGUCAGACCAACUAUGGUUUAUACACUUGCCCCGAGAGUGGAUGUACAAGGGUUUUCCAACGACAUUUGGCAUUA